AUGAGCGACACAAGGGAGCAGACGGAUGAAAAACGUGCUUUGCAUGAUCAAUUGGUAUCUAUGCGAUCGAUUUUGCGAUGUGUUUGUCACUGGGUUUUUGAUUGCAUCGUGUGGCCUUUUGAGGUGGUAAAUCCAGUGCUCCAAGCCCUGACACAUAAAGCUAUUGGCAAUUUUGACGUCUUGAGCGGUGGCUAUACAAGCGAGUUACGUCGUCAUGGAAAAACUUAA